AUUGUUAUUUUUAGGAGGCAUUACAUAUAGAGACUGCACACGUGUGAAAUUACAUAUGGAUUGUAUUUUGACAUGACGUGACUUGGCGGUUGCCACCGACGACGACAAGUAGCACAAAGUGCAACUCCAACUCCAACUCAAACUCAAAUCUCUUCCGCAAAAUCACCUCUCAAUUUCAUCCCCAAAUUCCAAUUCCGAUUCCAAUCGCAUGGAUUUCUUCAAUUCCGUCUUCUCCGAUCCAGAUCAACCUCCGUCUCCACCAGAUUCUUCGAUUCCUUCUUCCUCCUCCUCCUCCGCCGCCGCCCCUUCAUGGCAAUUCGGAUCCACCAUUUUCAGAACCCUAGCCUCCAAAUCCGAGUCCUUGCUCGACAAUUACUACAAGGAUUUCCAGGAGUUCAGCUCCGGCUUCGCCAAGGAGACAUCCGUCAUCCGCGAAGCCGCCUCCCGCGCCGUCCACGACCUCCCCGGCCGGCUCGAGUCCGGCGCCGCCAUCGCGCAGGAGUCGCUCGAGGCGGUAGGUCAGGCGAUUGACGACGUCGGCUCUACUGUCUCCGAAAUCAUCGGUAAGGAUUUGAAUUUCGCGAAUAUUCGUUUGAUUGAUCCUCCUCGUGAUGGUAAUUCGGCGAGUGGUAGCGGCGGCGAUCUAGAUAGGGUUUCGAAAUCUAGCGGCGAUGAUUAUUACGUUAAGCCUUAUAAUAGAUUGGAAGCCAUGAUUCGUUCUCUGCAAUGUGAUGCUCGAACUUAUUGCAAUGAAGUUGUAAACAGUGAUUACAGUGAUUGGAAAACUAGGUUUAGGGUUGAGAACAUGAGGGAUGAAAUUACCAAAUUAAUCGAGGACAAUGAAAAUGGCGUAAUUAGGGAGAUUUACAACGAGGUCGUCCCUCGAAAGGUCGACAAUGAGACAUUUUGGUGUAGGUACUUCUACAAAGUCGACGAGGUGGUUAAGGCUGAGGAGGCGAGGUUAAGGAUUGUGAAGCGUGCGUUCUCCGGCGACAAGGAGGAGGAGCUGAGUUGGGAUGUAGAUGACGAUGAAAAUGGCCAAGAGAAUGAAGAUGAUUCGAUUAAGAAUGAUGUUGGGGAGAAAGGGAAGGCUAGUGUAUCAAAGAGUGAUAUUGUGGCAGAUGAGUCGAGAUUAAUAAGCACCGAGAAAGAGGGAUCGGAUGGGAAGAUUGGAAGUGAUAUUUCGGUUAUUUCAAGCCAACGAUCCGAGGAUGAUGGCGGAUGGGAUCAAAUUGAGGAUAUUCCCAGCAGUGAUGAAGGGAAGGUAGGUGGGAAGAUGACGAACAAUGCAGGAGAUGAAGAAAUUCUGUCAUGGGACAUUGAGGAUGACGACUAAAAUGACGACUAAAAACAGGUACUUUACAAUCAAGAUACAUACAUACAUACAUACAUAUAUAUAUAUAUUUCUACUUGAUUGCGAAUGUUAACAGCAUGAUUAUUUUUAAUUGUUGCGACUGCCUGUUUACAUUAGUCGAAUUAUACAGCUGCUAUGACUUCUUGCCUUGCAAUUCGAUCUUUUUUUAGUUGCUUUGUUUUUGAGGGUCGGGAUCAAGUGGGGUUCGAGGAUUAACUGAAUAUAUCGAAUCAUUUUUUAUGAAAGUUUCUUCCCUAAUUUAGCAAUUCAUAAUCGUGGAAUUGUUUCUCCGAGGAUAUUGUUGUGUAAAUUUUAACUAAUGGAUGAUCUUAAUAUCAUCCUUAAUUCAGCACUAAGAUUAAUGAUAGUAUGUGUUAUAUGAACAAUCUUGUUGUACGAUCGAUUUAUGCAUUUGUAUUAUAUUAAUAUAAAUUGUGUAUCGUUUGUUGUUACAUUGUAUGUCGUAUGGCAUUUGUUGAUGUGCCGUCAUCACUAAUGCCCUUUAUUAUCAUUUGAUGGUUUAAUAUUCACCAUGAUUAUACUUUGUAUUAUUCCGUAUAUUUUUAGAGUUAGCACUAGGUUGUGUUUCUUAAAGGUUUCUAUUUGGCUUUGGAAUAGUUAAAUUUUGAAUUGAAAUAUUGUUUGAAAUGAAGUAAAUAAUUGUUUUAUAUAAUAUAGUAUAAUAUACUUAUACAAGAGUUGCUAUUAAGAAGAAUUUAUGACUUUGAGCUCUAGAAAGAAAAGAGCAUUAGUCCUGUAAAUAAUGGCUUGGUGGUGUAGGGGUUGGAAGUGAACCCCCGACGCCCCAGGUCACCUGUCACAUAUGGUUCGCCUAGUGUGACUGUCCGGUCGGGCCUGAUUUGCAAGGUAUUAGGUUCGGCCGGGGGUUUACCCAGUGCGUGUUUUCGGGCAGCGGCUGCGGAUUCCCACAUACGGUGAAAAUGAAAUAUAUAAUAUUAGAUUUUGAAUUUAUAAAAUUGAGAUUAAUUUUAUGCAUAUUUAUUGUGAUUUUAUAUAAUAUCAUCUCCAUGAGCUUGAAAUGUAACUACAUAUAUAUUUUUUAAUUUUAAUUCUUUAAACACAUAAUAUUUAAUAUUCUUUUAGUAAAUAAGACUUUAUUAUACAUUACAAAUAUCUUCAAACUAAUAUUUAUU